CGGCGGUGACCCCGUGACCCUGGGACAAUGGAUGACGCGGACAAGUUGUGGAGCGCGACGCAGAGACGGCUGCGGGACUUCCAGAAGGUUCGAGGAAAGGAGGUGACUCCUGGUGAGUUCUGGGACAUUGUGGUGAUUACAGCUGCUGAUGAAAAGCAAGAGCAGGUGUUCGAGCGUCAGAUCCGCAGUAAGCUCAGGCAGAGCGAGCUUCCCCUUGGUGUGCAGUAUCAUGUUUUUGCUGAUCCUAUUGGGCCAAAAAUUGGAAACGGAGGGUCUACACUCCUUGCUCUUCAUCGAUUAGAGGAACUCUAUGCAGACAAGUUGGAUAACUUCACCAUUCUUUUAAUUCAUGCUGGAGGUUACAGCCAGCGUUUGUUGAGUGCCAGUGCUCUGGGAAAGAUUUUUACCACCCUUCCUCUGGGCAACCCUGUUUAUCAAAUGUUGGAACUCAAACUUGCAAUGUAUAUCGACUUUCCCAUUCACAUGAAGCCUGGGGUUCUGGUGAGCUGUGCCGAUGACAUAGAGCUUUAUAGUCUGGAUGACACUGAAGCCAUAUGCUUUGACAGACCUGGUUUCACUGCCCUUGCUCAUCCUUCCUCCUUGUCCAUUGGCACCACGCAUGGUGUCUUUGUGCUGGAGCUUGGUCAGAUGGAGGCUGUACAGAAAGAGCUGGAGUAUAAAGCAUGCUAUCGCUUCCUUCACAAGCCCAGUGUGGAAACGAUGCAGAAGGCAGGAGCUAUCUGCAAAGCUAACCAUUGUGUCAGAAGCGGCGGAGGUACUGAGGAUGUGGGCUUUGUCUACACAGAUAGCAUCUAUUACUUUGACCGUCAAACAGCUAAGCAGUUGCUGGUGAUCCUUGGAGAAAUUGGCACCCUCGGGUGUGAGAUUGAUGCAUAUGGUGACUUUCUGCAAGCAUUGGGGCCACGGGCCACGCCAGAAUACACUAAAAAUACAGCUAAUGUCAGCCAGGAGAAACAGCAACUGGUGGCAGUUCGGCAGAAAAUCUUCUCUCGUCUCCAAGGGACUCCACUCAAUGUAGCUAUGUUGAACAAUUCCAAAUUCUAUCACCUGGGCACCACCCAGGAAUAUCUCCACCACCUGACAGCAGAUAGCACCCUGAGAAAACAGUUGGGGCUGCUGUCUGGGUCCACUGGAAUUGGUCGGUCCUGCUCUGAGGAUUACGGACAAGUUCCGUGCAUCAUCGAGAGCCUGGUAGGAUCGAAUUGUGAUGUGUCUCCUGGUAGUAUAAUUGAGUAUUCCCGGCUGGGGCAGGGCACUUGUGUGGGUGCCAACAGCAUUAUUAGUGGCUGCUGCAUCAGGGCGAAUACCAUGAUACCCCCAGACAUCUUCCUGCACACACUCUGCGUCCCAGAGGGCUUUGCCACCGUGAUCUUUGGAACUGGAGACAAUCUCAAGUGUACGGUCUCAUCCCUGUUGGAGAUUCACCAGCUGCAGUUUCUGGGCAUCAAUUUUGAAGAGGCUACCAUGUACCUUGGCCUGAAGCUCUCCCAGGAUCUAUUCUCCGGCAGUGGGAAAUUCUGCCCUAGCCUGUGGAAUGCCAGGAUCUUCCCCGGCCCACGCACGACAGCGGAAGACUCGGCGAUAGCAGUGCUGGAGAUGUUUGAAGCCUUGCGGGGAAAAUCAGUCCUUCAGUUGGCAGAUGAUGUCCAGUUACUUUCCAUCGAAGAAAUACUCCAGCGCAAGGAUGUGAUGAGAAUGCUGAGUUUUAGAAAGGAGCUUACUGAAGAAAUUUGUCAGAGGAGACCUGCUGGCAAAAACUCAAAUCAGGCUUUAUAAUUCAUUUAUAUGGUGAUUUUCUUGUUUUACUCCUUUGCAAAAUAGGCAUCAACUUCUGGAAGAGGAAGUCAGUGUUGCGAAUGGCAUUGGCUAGCCAUUUGCCAUGUGUAGACCCUUGGAGCAGCUGUGUCUGUGCAGCUUAGUGGGAGCAGUGCUGAUAGGGUGAGACAAAACGAUGUCAGGUGGAGGAUAAUGAAUAACUCAUCGCUAUUCUGAGUGACCUUUUUCUAAAUUCAGUGUAUUUUAUCUUUUCCCUCUGAACAUGAACAUGAAUACGCCAGGCAUCAUUUGAAUAUAGAUUUGGCAACAAAGUGAAUGAUGCAGUUUUAAAGAAAUUGCAGGAACAGAGAAAACUUGGGCUCUAUCUACAAAAAACCUUUGGUGAUGGGAUAAGCUCUUUAACAAGUAUAUGAAAUUGUUUCGUUUAUUAUUAGAAAGAGAGAGUACAGAAUUCAAGAGAUUGUACAAAUCACUGCUAGAGCCUCCUUAGGAGGAUUUUGUGCACUUCUGGGCCAGACUUUGAGAAGGAUCUCAAGAUGUUUGGAAAUGGGGUAGAGUAGGUUUACCAGAAUGGGAGUAGGGAUGAGGGGCUUUGAUUAUUGAGAAGUUGUUUUUCACAUUUGCAGUCCCUUUUAAAAAGUAAUUUCAACCAAUUAACAUUGAUUUGUCAGUUCUCAAGUUCAUCUCCCUUCAGGUCUGUUUACAGUGAGUGCUGAAAAACAAAGCAGAGCUGAUUCCCAAACUCCAACUGUGUUAAAAGCAAAUGCAAAUUAAUUCUACAGCAUCAAGGCAAUCGUCAGAUAACAAAUGGUUCAAUACACAUAUACUUCACAUUGCAGUCACUUACUCGCCAAGCUAAUGCAUCAGUUAGUGUGAUCUUUUUCUUAAAUUCUUCCAUGGCAUAGGCGUGUCGCUGGCUGGUCCAGUAUUUAUUGCCCAUCCCUAGUUGCCAUUGAGAAGAUAUUGAUGAGCUGCCUUCUUGAACUACUGCAGUCC